UUUUGGGGACAAUAUAGACAUGACAUAAUGCGGUUAUGCUAUCUCCCCCCAACAUAUUUAUCAUAGCUUUCUUAACUGUCCUCGCAUUGUGUUGAAAGGACUAUCGUAGAAGGGGGUUGUUCUAUUAUUUUGUCCAGUGAGCGUCUAGGACCAUUUCGGAAUUUUGUAGGGGAAUUGAAAUCGCUACAUCUAAGAUCUAUUAAUUUAUUUUAUCGUUGAUUUAUGGAUUAAAGUGGUUGAUAUCUGUCACGAAAAUCGGAUUAUUUUCCCUGUAAACGUGGAGGAACUACCCCUGCGCGGAGAUUAUCCCGCUGGGCAGUCUUGUCUUUAGGGUACAGGAGGUCACAAAAGAAGAGGAAAAUUGGCCCCCCAAAAGUGUUUUUUUUCUAAAUCAUUUUUUUGAGGGGCGUAAUAUAGGAAGAGAAUCACGAAUAUAUUUUUCUCGUACAUCGUGUACAAAUCUAUGUGUCAGUCAUAUGCCGAUUGCCGGAGGAAAGAGCCCGGUAUACGUAACUAGUGCGCAAGACACAUAGAUAAUGGUGAUACAUAAAUGAAAACACGUUGGGGAUUACGAAAAAUGCCUAUUCCUUCAAAUUCAAUCAAACCAACGACUUGUUAAAACGAUAUGUUUACUAGGGCCGAACGUAGAGCGACAAAGACAUUCUAACAGACGUUUGUUCUUAAAAGUGUACGAUUAUUAAGUACAUAGCAGUACAGUACAUGUACAUUUGUACACACCUCUCUGUUUUUAUCUAUGAGCAAUCGAAGGUGUCCAGCGUGGAGUAGCGUCAGGUUAAUGCGCGAAACUUCUGCAUAAUUUUUUUUCUGCCAGUGUGUUAGUACCUUUUGGCGCGCGUGGCAUCCCUCAGAACUUAUCGUCUGCGAAUGACAAUAUUGCAGGAUGCUGAACGUGCCUACAGAAGAAGACCAGUGGUCGCGCGUCAUAUAAUUGCACAAUUAGCUAAUUGGUAGUUUAAAUUUCAUCGGUUGUAAUUCUGUGUGGAAAUUCGUGGAUUCCAGUUUGUAUUUUACAUUGUGAUUCUUCCUAAGGACAUCUGAUUCUUAUCGGAGUACUUUUAAGGAUAAAAACUUGGUGCUGAUUUGUUAAAAUCCGAAAUUGGUCAAUUUCUAGAAGGAGUUAAAAGGAAUUGCCUGGAACAUGAAUGAACAUUCGGACUUUUUCUUCGAAAAAAGAUGCAUGCACGUGAAAAAUGCCAAAUUUUAAGCCCAUAACAUUAGGGAUCAUCAGUUUCGUACUCUUUGGAAUUUCCUCGUCCGUCGCUUACUUUGGGUUGACAUCGACUGAAGUGUUAACUCUAACUUUGGAUAACCCGGCCUUUCGAGACAAUCGUAUCCCCGAGGUCUCUCGAACUUUUUCACCCUCCAAGUUAUGUGAAAUGAUGAAGCUUUACCGCAAACAAAAGAAAAUGUGUCGAAGGGGACGAGGAACUGCGCAUGCGCUGAUGGAAGCGAUAAGGACUUCCGUUCUGGAAUGCCAGUAUCAGUUUAAGGACGAAAGAUGGAACUGUUCGUUAGAAGAGCCUUACAGACAAAAUAUACUGAAAAAAGGGUUCAAAGAGACGUCAUUCCUUUACGCAGUAUCGUCUGCAAGUUUAGUUCACACUUUUGCCAGAGGGUGCCGGAGUGGACAGAUUGACAGGUGCACAUGCGACGAGUCCAAGCAUCUGAACAACGUUGAAGCAUGGAAGUGGGGAGGAUGCGGCGAUAAUAUUAAAUUCGCCCUCAAGUUUACCAGACGAUUUCUUCGCCGCGCAAAGACGCUUGGUAAAGAUGUAACAGCCAAAGUUAACCAACACAACAGUAGGGUUGGAAUAAAGGUUGUGAAAGGUCACGUGAAAACCAAAUGUAAAUGUCAUGGAGUAUCUGGAACCUGCACAGUCAAGACUUGUUGGCGCCAGUUAGCUCCCUUUCACGAAAUCGGACAAGUUUUAAAGCGGAGAUACGAAAAAGCAUACAAAGUGGAUACAAAUACAAACAAUGCUAAUGGCAAAUUUUCUUUAUCCAUAAGAAGAGAAGAAUCCAACACAGAUCCCCAAAAUUCCACACCUAAAUCUGUAGACAUGGUUUAUACAGAAAACUCUCCAAGCUUCUGUAGCAAAAGUAGUUAUUCCAUAGGAACGGCGGGUCGUGAAUGCAAUAAAAAUAAUACCUGUCAUUCAAUAUGCUGUGGGCGUGGCUAUAAUGUCAUGACCCGGAAGAAAUAUGAACGGUGUCAGUGUCAAGUGGUUUGGUGCUGUGAGUUUAAUUGCAAUAGGUGUCUGAUUGACCAAGAACUCUACACGUGCAAGUGAACAAAAAAGAGACACAUGACAACGGUGCAAGAUGUAUCUGACCUACAGAUUUCAUACAAAUUCAAACCUGUGAUAGUAUUCUUCAUGUUAUUAGUAAAUGUGCCUUUAUAUGAAGGAUAAUAUGAAUUUCUAUAUUUUAAUUAUUUGCAUCAUUAUCUGUUUCCUUGUAGAUAUCAGUAUUUUUAAUGCUGUAAAGCUAGAACUUUAAAUUUGAAUCUCAUUAUUGUGCAUGCUUUGCUGUAGAAUUUACAAACUUGCUUUCUUUAUCUUUUUACUAUUUAUAUUAUUUAUAUCAUUUAUCGAUCAUUUUGACUUAAAGUUCACACAUUAAUUUAUUAACGAUGCGUUAUAUUGUGAACUAAAUUUUGUUCAUUCGUUGAUCUUACAUAUGUCAUUGUAAAUUUCAUGUAUCUUUUUACUUAUCUAAUUUAAACUAAUAUGAAUUUUUACGAACAUGGCGAUGGUUCCUGCAUGGCCACAUUUUAUGAUAACCAUGUAUUCAAUCAAAAAUCAAUAAGUAAGGUUGAGUGUUUUCGUUCUCCCAAUAACACUUUUAUAAAACCGAAUACUAUAUAUGAACUAUAUUCAUUAUGCUUAAUACCAUUUGCUUUUAGAACGCCUAUUUCAAUAAAAAAAAAUAAUAAGUUUUUAAUACACUGAUAAUUCUUUUAAUAAAAAAGCUUUUGGAUACAUUGAUAAUUUGUUUUAUGACAAGCUAAUAAUCGAUUGUAAUUAUGAUGUUGGAAACAUUUGAUUUCAUAAUGGACCAUACCUAGUAAAGAUGUGUACAUAUAAAGUGUGUUAAAUUUAUCAGUUAAAUUAUGUCGUGAUUAUUUUUGAAUUGUGAGAGGCUGCUUUGGACAAAGUACAUUUGUACAGAUCAUCAACUAAUAAAAUUGUUCUAUUGUUUUUAA